UUGAAGUUCCGGACGCUCGAGACAUAAAAUGCUUCCACAGACGCUUCUGUCAGAUAGCUAACGGACAGCUAGCUACUAGCUAUGUGAAUAAUUCGUGUAAAUGUUUUGUACAAAUCUGCAACGGCACGGAUGUUAUGCAUACUAGCUAACCAGGCUAAAUUCUGAUGCCAAUAACUGAAAAUGGAUAGAGAUUUACUAAGGCAGACUUUGUCUCACCAUGGACAAAGCCUGUUUACCCAUCUCAAAUGUGAACAAAGUGAAAAUCCAGAUUUCAAAGCUAUUGAACCUGACUUGUCCAAGGCCAGCUAUCAAAGGAAAUAUGGAGGGGAGGACAAUGCGGUAGUGGAGCAAUUUGUUGCUAGAAAAGCUGACAUCCUAUUUGCACCGUCAUGGAAGUCUAGUGCACCUAUGGAUGAUGUGUUAGAGGAGGAAGGAGAAGAGCCCUACGCCAUCAUGCCCCCUCUGGAGCAGUUUAUGGAGGUGUCGUUUGAGGAACGGAGGAAUCUGUUGUACAGGGACAUUGAGCGAGGGGACAUCGUGAUAGGCAGGAUCAACUCCAUCAGGGAAUUUGGCUUCUUUGUAACACUGAUCUGCAUGGGAGGUGGACUAGAGCGAGACAUAGAGGAUCUGGAGCUCACGGCCCUGUGUCCCCUUAGAGAUGUACCUUCCAAUGGCAAUCAUGAUGAUCCACUAUCAUACUAUCAGAUUAACGAUUUGAUAAGAGCUGGAGUGAAGGACAUUGACCGAUACCAUGAGAAGAUAACCAUUUCACUUCAGCCCUCCUCCCUCGCCCCAAAUCUGAUGAACCUAAAGCUUGGAGUUUUUAGUAGAGAUGAUCUGCCACUUCAAUACAGUCGCAGUGUGAGGGUUGCAAACGACCACACUGAAACCUAUGAGAGGGUUUUAGAGGGUACUCUUGGCUACUCUAACCCAUCUAACGUGGAAUAUCUCCUGGGGAAGAUUGGGGUCAGUGACACACAGCCUCCCUCCCUCAUGAGAGGGCUACAGAGCAAACAUUUCCUUGAGGAGGACUUUGCCAAAACUAUCCGAAAGAAGCAGUCUGCAUCCUGGGCCCUUAAAUGUGUAAGGGUUGGUGUGGACCACUUCAAAUCUGGCCGCCAUGUCGAAGCAAUGAAUGAAUAUAACAAGGCCUUAGAGAUCGACACUAAUAAUGUGGAAGCACUUGUGGCACGUGGUGCACUGUAUGCUAACAAAGGGAGUUUGCUGAAGGCAAUAACUGACUUUGAGCUGGCAUUGGAAAGCUGCCCAACCCACAGAAAUGCAAAGAAAUACCUAUGCCAAACCCUGGUUGAGCGAGGUGGCCAACUGGAGGAGGAAGAAAAGCUAGUCACAGCUGAAGGCCUUUACAGAAAAGCCCUGACCUUAGACGACUCCUUCCAGGAUGCCAAGGAAGCAUUGCAAAAAAUAGAGCUGCUUAUCCAGAAAUCCCUCAAACUGAGAGAAGAGGCAGCUGCAAAGGAAGUGGAAAAAGCUAAGAACGUGGAGACAAGUGCAGAAAAAUUGCGUAAGAUCUUAAAAGAAGAAAAAAGAAUGAAAAAGAAACGGAAGAGAUCCUCCUCAUCAACGUCAUCUUCCUCCUCCUCUUCUUCCGACCGAUCCUCCUCGGGUCGCAGGAAGUCAAAGAAAAAGAAUCGUAAACACAGACGGUCAUCUCGAGGGAAGAAACACCAGCAGAGGGUUUCAUCCAGGGACAACAGGAGUGUGGCUGAUGAAGAGGAGGAGUGGUACCCUGCCCCGCCCAACACCUCCGCCUCCUUCCUGGAUCAGAAAUCUAGUGUCGUCAGGCCGUUUGAGGGGCCAGAGAGGACUGAAGAGUACAGUCAGCCCCGCAGCAAGGGCAGGAACCACUCGUACCACUCUUUAUCAUCAGUGUCCACUGACGCUCCGGACAACAGCAGGUUUGAAGAUGACCCUUUUGACGCCUCUCCUCAGCGAGCUGAGGGCAGCAAGGGAAAAGGUGUCUGUGGUGAGAAGACCAGUGAUGGAGAUGUGAAUGAGAGGGAGAGGGAAGGCUCCAGGGGCCAGAGGAAGAGCCAGGGCCAGGAGCUUCAAAGUGGCCCACAAGACGUUCCCAGCUCAUUGGGGAAAGUCAAACACAGAAGAAUGUCCUCCUCAUCUGCCGGCUCAGAGCAUUCCCGCAAAUCUGACCAGUACGCCAACGACCUCCCAUCACAGUCCCACAUAUCCACUUCCAGGCGAUCAGAUAGUGGGAAGUAUGGUAGCACCGAGCGAGGUGAUAAGAAAGGGCUGAAUAGGGGCACCCGAAGGUCUGAUGGAGAUUACAGGUCUUCCACUGACACCACUCGGAAUGGUAAUGGAUCAUCCGCAGAAGGAAAUCAGAAAAAAGAGCUGCCAACUAAUCUCCUAGAUCUCUUCAGCCAGAUAGCCCAGUUUGAGAAGGAGAAAUGUGUCAAGCCGAAAAAGUGAAUUCAGCUUUUCCAAGUUGCUUUUAUCUUAUGUCAUAAAAACGAUAAACUAAUGUUGGACAAAGUUCUAGUGACCAAAGCUGUCAUAAUUUAGCGUUGGCAAUAUCAAACUACUGCCUUAAUAUUAUGAGAUUACAUUUUCUAUGAAAGGACAUGGUUUUUUUUUAUGUGGCAGAAAGCAAAUGAAAUACCAGUUAAGAUGUCAGCUUUUGGCUUGCAGCUUGAAAAUGUAUUUCCUUUGAAUAAUUGUAUAUUUUCCUCUUAGUACAAUGAACUCUGUAUUACCAAGUACCAUCAGGAAACUCAUAAAUCAGAUCUAUUGAGAAAGAAAUGUGCCAUUAUUUUCUAUUUGCUGGUAGUAGAUUGGAAGAUGUCAUUUAAUGACUGAAAUGUCACAUUUCCAUGUGUGUAUCUUUUUCAAUAAAUCUCCUAUGAGCUUUG